AUGGCUUUGAGGAACGUGCCCUUCCGCUCCGAGGUCCUGGCCUGGGACCCCGACAGCCUCGCGGACUAUUUCAGGAAGCUGAACUACAAAGACUGUGAAAAGGCGGUGAAGAAGCAUCACAUCGACGGGCCACGGUUUUUGAACCUGACAGAAAAUGACAUUCAGAAGUUCCCCAAGCUCCGGGUGCCGAUCCUCAGUAAGCUGAGUCAAGAAAUCAACAAGAACGAGGAGAGGAGGAGCAUUUUCGCGCCGCGCAGACCCCAGGUCCAUCGGUUUCCUGAAGAAACAGAAAGCCACAUGGAAGACAACGGCGGCUGGUCGUCCUUUGAAGAAGAUGACUAUGAAAGUCCCAAUGACGAUCAGGAUGGGGAGGAUGAUGGUGACUACGAGUCCCCCAAUGAGGGUGACGAGGUGCCCUUGGAAGACGAUGCCGACUAUGAGCCACCCCCCUCCAAUGAUGAGGAAGCGCUGCAGAACUCCAUCCUGCCCGCCAAGCCGUUCUCCAACUGCAACUCCAUGUACAUCGACCGGCCCCUCUCGGGGAAAUCCCCACAGCAGCCGCCCGUGCCCCCCCAGAGACCGAUGGCUGUCCUCCCUCCCCCACCAGCCGGCCGGAGCCACACGCCACUCCCCACACCCCAGCCUAACCACGAAGAGCCCAGCAGAAGCAGAACCCCCAAAACAGCAAAGAUCCCUGCUCCUUCGAUAGAUAGAAGCACGAAGCCUCCCCUCGAUCGCUCGUUGGCUCCAUUUGACAGAGAGCCCUUCACACUAGGAAAGAAACCCGUGUUUUCUGACAAGCCCUCGCCCGCCACAGGAAGGCCUCACGGGGAGCAUUUACCCAAGAUACAAAAGCCUCCUUUACCACCGACCACAGAGAGACACGACAGAAGCAGCCCCCUGCCAGGGAAGAAGCCACCUAUGCCAAAGCAUGCGUGGGGACCAGACAGAAGAGACGAUGAUGAAGAUGACGUGCAUCAAAGACCUUUGCCUCAGCCAACACUGCUCGCCAUGAGCUCCAACACUUUCCCUUCAAGAUCUGCCAAGCCAUCGCCCAAGCACUCCCUCCCAUCGUCCCACAUGUCCGGAGCAUUCUCAGAGAGUGGCAGCAGCUUCCCGCAGAGCGCCUCCCUGCCGCCCUCCUUCUCUCAAGGUCCUGGCAGCAGACCGCCUCCCAGAGCGGAAGGCAGGAACUUCUCCCUGCCAGUCCCAAGCAAACCUCGGCCGCCAUCCCCGGGCGAAGAAGAGAAUUCAUUAAACCAAGAUUGGUACGUUUCUUAUGUUACCCGGCCGGAGGCAGAAGCUGCUCUUAGAAGGAUAAACCAGGAUGGCACUUUUCUGGUUAGAGACAGCUCGAAGAAAACAGUAACCAAUCCGUAUGUCCUCAUGGUGUUAUACAAAGAUAAGGUUUACAACAUCCAGAUCCGUUACCUGGAGGAAAGCCAAGUUUACAUGUUGGGAACUGGACUCCGAGGGAAGGAGGACUUUCUGUCCGUGUCAGACAUUAUCGACUACUUCCGGAAGAUGCCGCUGCUGCUCAUCGACGGGAAGAACCGAGGCUCCAGGUACCAGUGCACGCUGACGCACUCGGCCGGCCACCGCAGCAAGUAGGCUGAGCAGCAAGCCCUCCCCGACCGUCACCAGCGCGGGGACACUGGCCAACCUGUGGCUGGACAAACACUUUGGACUGAAUCCAACCCUGCAGCAUGAACACGACGGUUUGGCCCUUCCACUUUAAAAAGUGUUUGAAAUGAAGGCCGUCAAGUGUCCCAUAAUUUAUUUAUUCUUCUUCGGUGUUUGUAAAGUGCACAAGUGAUAAUGGUCACACUUGAACUCUAGUCGUGCACUGUAUAAUUCAUCCAAAUAAUGUGCAUUUUUGAUACCCAUUUCAAAGCGCAGUAGUUUACAUGGCUACGAAAAUAAUUUGGGGCAAGUUUCAACACACUUAAACAGUAAUAGUUUUGAUAUCAUGUAAACAUAAAACUAAUAUUUUGGAUAGCCAAACCUUGUCAGUGGCAAUCAUCAGUUUUAUAUGUAUAAUUUGAAACCUACUAAAAUUAACCUUCUCAGCAGCAAUAAUUUAAAAGGCUUCAAAAACAUUUCAUCUUUUCUUCUUUGGUGUUUCUUUUUGUUGGGGGACUUUUGUAUACUUUUUUAUGAAAAGGUAAAUGCAUGUUGGAAUAACUUCCCGGGAUUAAAAUUAAUUUGCCUUUUGCUUUA